CAGAAAUUGAGCUGCUAUCCAGUCCCAUUUGAGGACGAUUUCAAUUGGUCGCCAAGAAUCAGUAUCAAUUGUUUAUAACUACUGUCUUAUCACCAGAAAGUUUCCCAACGAAUCGUUCAGAAUGCCCGUUCCUGUUGGAGCUGCCGGUGGAGGCAUGCAAGGUCCUUCGACCUUUGACAAACUGAAAUUGGGUGCGAUGAUGGGUGGAUCUGUCGGCCUCAUCAUUGGUUUCAUCUUCGGCGGUGUCAACAUCAUCAGAUUUGGUGCGGGGCCGAAUGGCCUCAUGAGAACACUGGGCCAGUACAUGCUUGGUUCUGCCGCGACGUUUGGAUUUUUCAUGUCCAUCGGUAGCGCUAUAAGAUCAGAAUCAUCCCCCAUUGCUCACGAGGCUUUCGCAAAGGCACGACGACACCCGAUGAUCAUGCCCCGACAGUACUCUAGGUUAUCCCAGCAGCAGUGAGCGGUGAUACAUUCGGGAGGGUGAAGGGUUAAACAUUGCGCCGCGGGGGAACAUAAGGGACUUCUGCGGCCCUCAAUUUAUUAGGUCCAUACUUCCAGCGUACUCUGGAUCUUCUUUCGAAUUCCUCGGGCCGCAUUAUUUCCAAGCAAUAUGUACAUUAUUGGACAUGCUCCAGACUCAUGAAAAAAAUUAAGCGUAUUGAUUAUCCAG